AUAGUGCAAAGCUGCUAACGGCGGGUCCAGUCCAUCUCACGCUUUUGAUUUUUUUCGCUUGUUCUCAAAUGUAAUGGGGAGAAAGGGUCUGACAAAAGUAGAAAGAGUCAUCGCAGAGGAGGAAAGAGGAGAGAGUGGUGAUGGCGAACCAGAGAGGCCCCUGUUUCCUGGCCAUGGAGGUAGCGUUCUUGGGUGCCGCCUUGAUGACUUUGGAGGUGGGCGCCUCCUCGCUGAGCGGGGAGGGCGGGCUGGGUUGGGCAGCGGCCUGGCCGGCGUGCGGUGGGGCCACCGGGGGGUGCUUAGAAUCAGGGGAGGAAGCGGAGGAGAUGGCCAUGGACUCGGAGAGCAACCGGCGGAUCCUGCAGGACACGACGCACUUGAGUUAUGCGGCGCUGCUCAGGGACUCGACCCCCUGCAAACACCCCGGAUCUCCCUACUCCAACUGCCGACCAAAUGCUGUCAACCCUUACACCCGCCCUUGCGCCGACAUCACCGGCUGUGGCCGCCAUCAAGUUCCGGCAACCCGCCUUCGAGACUGACUUCGUCUCUGCGGUCAUAUUCAUAUCUUGUAGUUUCGUGGUGGUUCCUCCAUCUCGCUUAAUUUCUCUCUAUGUUGUCUUCUCUUAGUGGGCAUCAUCCGGAGAUCGGUGAAUGUGAAAUAAGCGAUUAUGUAGAUUUGAACACGAAACAAUGGUUUACCA